AUGUUCCGGAGGCGCGCGCUCCGGCGGAGGCUGGCGGCGGCCGGCGCACCUUCCGUCCCGGACGAGACGCUGCGGCUGCUCGCCCGAGCCCUGGACGCCGGCCCGGCCCCCUCUGCCUGCGUGCCGGGAGCGCCGCUGCGGCUGCCCGCUUUGCGAGCCUUCCGGUUCCCCGACCUGCGGAGCCUCGACGAGCUGCGCGCCCUGCCCCACUGCGCCCACCAGCACUGCUGCAACCCGUACCACUUCAGCCGACUCUGCGAACCCGAAACGCCUCCGCCGCCGUACAGUCGCCUAGCAAUGGAGGAAGUCAAAAGCAAAGAGAAAGGUGAAAACACACAAGAUGCAAGGAGGACAGACCACGAGCGGCUGCAGGCAACGGGCUCCUUGGCUACUGAUGGCGAAGAGCGUCAAACCUGGGAGACCGAAUGGUGUCGGCUGGCUUACUGGGAACUCCAGCAGCGAGUGGGUCGCCAGUUCAGUGUCCGCGUGAGGGCGGUCGAUGUGUUCGGCGGUGGAGGAGGCACUUGUGGCUCGGGCAGGCACGGCCUAUGUCUCGACGCACUGGACACGCGGGAACCGCAAGUUGAACAGGUGCGGAAAACUCGUGCGAAAAUCGGCCUAGGCGUGACUCUGUCCCUGGAGUCGGAUGGGGUCUGGCUCUACAAUCGAAGCCAGGAGCCGGUUUUCGUCAGCUCGCCGGCCUUAGAUGCAGCGGCGGCGAAAGCCUUACUAGUCUGGCGCGUAGCCCCCGGCCACUGCCUCUGUAUCUUCGACCCGGCCUGCCCCCCUCCGGCCGUGUCCCUCCCGCACGUGGGCCCGGUGGACCCUCGCUCCGUGAGGAUAUCGUUCGCCAAGGGCUGGGGUCCCAAAUACUCCCGGCGAGACGUGACGGCGUGCCCCUGUUGGCUGGAAGUCCUCCUGGCACCUCCGAGCUGA